AUGGGUGGUGCAGCAGACGCCAAGAAGGCGGCGGUCAUGUCAGUGUUCAUGCACGCGGAUGCCAUGGACAUGGCGCUGAUGGCGGUGGGCCUGGUGGGCGCCAUCGGCGAUGGCUUCUCGACACCGGUGAAGCUGCUCAUCACCGGCUUCAUCAUCAACGACCUCGGCAACAGCGGCCCAGAACACCUCCAGGAGUUGAGCUCCAAGAUGGACGAGGUACGCAUCAACAAAUUCUACACACCUGUGCCUAUUAACGCGAGGAACCUUGUCUUCUUGGCGCUGGGCAGCUGGGUCAUGGCGUUCCUAGAGGGGUAUUGCUGGUCACGGACGGCGGAGCGGCAGGCGUCGCGGAUGCGUGCAUGCUACCUGGCAGCGGUGCUCCGGCAGGACGUGGAGUACUUCGACCUCAAGGUGGGGUCGACGGCGGACGUGAUUGCCAGUGUCUCCAACGACAGCCUGGUGGUGCAGGACGUGCUGAGCGAGAAGGUGCCCAACCUGGUGAUGAACGCCGCCACCUUCCUCGGCAGCUACGCCGCCGGCUUUGUGCUAGUGUGGCGGCUCACCCUGGUGACCCUGCCUUCUAUCCUGCUCCUCGUCGUCCCGGGGUUCAUGUACGGCCGCAUCCUCAUGGGCCUCGCGCGGCAGAUCAGGGAGCAGUACACGCGCCCGGGCGCCAUCGCUGAGCAGGCCAUCUCCUCUGUGCGCACAGUGUGCUCCUUCGCAGCAGAGCGUGCCACCAUGGCGCAGUUCUCAACGGCGCUCAAGGAGUCGGCGCGGCUCGGGAUCAAACAAGGGCUCGCCAAGGGCAUCGCCGUCGGCAGCACUGGCAUCACCUUCACCAUCUGGGCCUUCAGCGUCUGGUAUGGCAGCCACCUCGUCAUGUACCAUGGCUACCAGGGUGGCACUGUUUCCGCAGUCUCCGCCGCGGCCGUCGUUGGUGGCCUGGCGCUGGGGUCGGGGCUGUCGAACCUCAAGUACCUGUCGGAGGCGAGUGCAGCGGGGGAGAGGGUGCUGGAGGUGAUCCGGCGGGUGCCCAAGAUCGACUCGGGCAGUGACACAGGGGAGGAACUCCUUAACGUUGCCGGUAAGGUGGAGUUCAAGAACGUAGAGUUCUGCUACCCGUCGCGGCCAGAUAGCACCAUCUUCGCGUGCUUCAACCUGUGCGUGCCGGCGGGGCGCACAGCUGCGCUUGUGGGCAGCAGCGGGUCCGGCAAGUCCACGGUGAUGGCAUUGAUAGAGAGGUUCUACGACCCGUCGGCCGGCGAGGUGGCGCUGGACGGCGUCGACAUCCGGCGGCUGCGGCUCAAGUGGCUGCGCGCCCAGAUGGGGCUUGUCAGCCAGGAGCCGGCGCUCUUUGCCACAACCAUCAUGGAGAACAUACUAUUUGGCAAGGAGGACGCCACGCCAGAGGAGGUCACCGCCGCCGCCAAGGCCGCCAAUGCACACAACUUCAUCUCCCAGCUGCCGCAAGGGUACGACACACAGGUGGGUGAGCGUGGUGUCCAAAUGUCUGGAGGGCAGAAGCAGAGGAUUGCUAUAGCCAGAGCAAUCCUGAAGUCACCCAAGAUCCUCCUCCUUGAUGAAGCCACCAGUGCACUGGAUACAGAGUCAGAGCGUGUCGUACAGGAGGCACUCGACCUGGCCUCCUUGGGUCGGACGACUAUCGUCGUUGCCCAUCGCCUCUCCACUAUCCGCAAUGCUGACAUGAUUGCUGUCAUGCAGUAUGGUGAGGUCAAGGAGCUAGGCUCCCACAACGAGCUCAUUGCCGAUGAGAAUGGCCUCUACUCAUCGCUUGUUCGCCUUCAGCAGACUAGAGACUCAAAUGAGGUUGAUGAGGUUAGUGGAGCUGGCAGUACUUCCAUUGUGGGGCAGCCCAACAGCCACAACAUCAGCAGGAGAUUCUCCUCGGCUAGCAGGUCCAGCUCAGACGGGUCAAUGGGUAGUGCUGACUGCAUUGAUGUGCCAAAGCUUCAUCCGCCAUCGUUCAGAAGCCUGCUCAUGCUUAACGCACCAGAGUGGAGGCAGGCGCUUAUGGGAAGCUUGAGUGCAGUUGUGUAUGGAGGCAUCCAACCUGCUUAUGCAUACGCCAUGGGAAACAUGAUCUCGGUCUAUUUCUUGACAGAUCACGAUGAGAUUAAGGACAAAACAAGGAAGUAUGCACUCACCUUCGUCGCUCUUGCGGUGCUCUCUUUCUUGCUCAAUAUUGGACAACAUUACAACUUCUGUGCCAUGGGAGAAUACCUCACCAAGAGGGUCAGGGAACAGAUGCUCGGGAAAAUCCUCACUUUCGAGAUCGGAUGGUUCGACCACGAUGAGAAUUCCAGCGGUGCCAUAUGCUCACAGCUUGCCAAGGAUGCCAACGUUGUGAGGUCUCUAGUGGGUGACCGGAUGGCGCUGGUGACCCAGACAGUAUCUUCGGUGCUUAUCGCUUGCACCUUGGGUCUGGUCAUUGCCUGGCGUCUUGCCCUUGUCAUGAUAGCAGCGCAGCCUCUCAUCAUCGUCUGCUUCUAUGCUCGCAGUGUCUUACUGAAGAGCAUGUCCAAGAAGUCAAUACAGGCACAAUCCGAAAGUAGCAAGCUAGCUGCCGAGUCCGUCUCAAACCUCCGUACCAUCACGGCCUUCUCAUCCCAGGAGCGCAUCUUAGGCCUCUUCAACCAAGCACAGAAUGGACCGCGGAAGGAAAGCAUCCGUCAAUCAUGGAUUGCUGGACUUGGCCUUGGCACUUCCAUGGGCCUGAUGACAUGCACAUGGGCCCUGGCCUUCUGGUAUGGUGGCAGGCUCAUGGCUGAGCGCCGCAUUGCCGCCAACGAACUCCUCCAGACCUACAUGAUUCUGAUAAGCACAGGGCGUGUGAUUGCUGAUGCAGGUAGCAUGACAACAGACCUAGCUAAGGGUGCUGAUGCAGUCGCUUCAGUCUUUGCUAUCCUUGACCGGGUAACAGCAAUUGACCCUGACAACCCUGAGGGAUACAAGCCGGAGAAGCUCAAAGGUGAGGUGGAUAUCAGAGAAAUCGACUUUGCAUACCCUUCAAGGCCAGAUGUAAUCAUCUUCAAAGGAUUCUCAUUAAGCAUCCAACCAGGCAAGUCAACAGCACUGGUUGGGCAAAGUGGCUCUGGCAAGUCAACCAUCAUUGCGCUUAUAGAGCGAUUCUAUGACCCUCUAAGAGGAAUGGUGAAAAUUGAUGGCAGGGACAUCAAAACAUAUAAUCUUCAAGCCCUGCGGCGGCACAUUGGCCUGGUCAGCCAGGAGCCAACUCUAUUUGCAGGCACAAUCAGAGAGAACAUUGUGUAUGGCACAGAAACGGCAAGUGAGGAAGAAAUUGAGAAUGCCGCAAGGUCUGCCAACGCACAUGACUUCAUCAGCACCCUCGCGGAUGGAUAUGGCACAUGGUGUGGCGAGAGAGGUGUUCAGCUCUCAGGAGGGCAGAAGCAACGCAUUGCCGUGGCCCGUGCCAUCCUGAAGGACCCAGCCAUAUUGCUACUGGACGAGGCUACAAGUGCACUGGACAGCCAAUCCGAAAAGGUUGUACAUGAAGCACUGGAGAGAGUACUGGUCGGCAGGACAAGUUUGGUUGUGGCACACAGGCUCAGCACGAUCCAAAACUGUGACCUAAUCGCCGUGCUUGACAAAGGAAUUAUUGUGGAAAAGGGCACACACUCGUCCCUCAUGUCAAAGGGUUCCACAGGAACAUAUUAUAGCUUAGUUAGUUUGCAACAAGGAGGCAACCAACACUAAGGCUGUGUUCGGCAAUCCACCGCUCCGUCACCAGGGAGCGGAGCGCGCGGAGCAGCUUGUUUGCCACUCUCCGUAUUUGUACUGUAUGCCGCUCCGCUCCGCGGCGGAGUUACGGAGCGGAGGGAUUCCGAACGGAGCGUAAGUAUGCAUGACCUACCAUACAUUAGUCUUUUUUUUACUUCUUUUGAGAUAUUUUCGAAUUAGAACUGCAAGCAAGAAUGAUAACCAGAUCAUUGUAACUUUCUGCAACAACAGGCUAUUUUUCCUCC